AUGGUAUUCGUCCGACAGCUGAUGUCGGUCAAGCCAACAAGAUGGACGAUCAAGCCAUCAGCCAGGUGGACGGGCAAGCCAUCAGCCAGGUGGACGGGCAAGCCAUCAUCCAGGUGGACGGGCAAGCCAUCAGCCAGGUGCACGGGCAAGCCAUCAGCCAGGUGGACGGGCAAGCCAUCAGCCAGGUGGACGGGCAAGCCAUCAUCCAAGUGGACGGGCAAGCCAUCAUCCAAGUGGACGGGCAAGCCAUCAGCCAGGUGGACGAUCAAGCCAUCAGCCAGGUGGACGGGCAAGCCAUCAUCCAAGUGGACGGGCAAGCCAUCAUCCAAGUGGACGGGCAAGCCAUCAUCCAAGUGGACGGGCAAGCCAUCAUCCAAGUGGACGGGCAAGCCAUCAUCCAAGUGGACGGGCAAGCCAUCAUCCAAGUGGACGGGCAAGCCAUCAUCCAAGUGGACGGGCAAGCCAUCAUCCAAGUGGACGGGCAAGCCAUCAUCCAAGUGGACGGGCAAGCCAUCAUCCAAGUGGACGGGCAAGCCAUCAUCCAAGUGGACGGGCAAGCCAUCAGCCAGGUGGACGGGCAAGCCAUCAGCCAGGUGGACGGGCAAGCCAUCAUCCACGUGGACGGGCAAGCCAUCAUCCAAGUGGACGGGCAAGCCAUCAUCCAAGUGGACGGGCAAGCCAUCAUCCAAGUGGACGGGCAAGCCAUCAUCCAAGUGGACGGGCAAGCCAUCAGCCAGGUGGACGGGCAAGCCAUCAUCCAAGUGGACGGGCAAGCCAUCAUCCAAGUGGACGGGCAAGCCAUCAGCCAGGUGGACGGGCAAGCCAUCAUCCAAGUGGACGGGCAAGCCAUCAUCCAAGUGGACGGGCAAGCCAUCAGCCAGGUGGACGGGCAAGCCAUCAGCCAGGUGGACGGGCAAGCCAUCAUCCAAGUGGACAGGCAAGCCAUCAUCCAAGUGGACGGGCAAGCCAUCAUCCAAGUGGACGGGCAAGCCAUCAUCCAAGUGGACGGGCAAGCCAUCAGCCAGGUGGACGGGCAAGCCAUCAGCCAGGUGGACGGGCAAGCCAUCAUCCAAGUGGACGGGCAAGCCAUCAUCCAAGUGGACGGGCAAGCCAUCAUCCAAGUGGACGGGCAAGCCAUCAUCCAGGUGGACGGGCAAGCCAGCCUGGCAGGGAGCUACCUCGAUGAAUGUGUCGUAUCCAUCUCUGCAGCGCCAACAUUAUAUGAGCCUAUGA